AUGUAUUCCCUUGGGAAGUUACCGUCUACACCGGGUGGAGAAGUCAUUCCACCCCUCCUCGACGAAUUCUGGGUUACUGGACCUAAUGGGAAGCAUAGGUGGAUCGCCACUUUACCCGCGCAGAUGAGUUUGUUUGAUGCUAAAGAGGCUUCGACUUUCGGUCUUGUCCAGUCCAAGGUUGCGCAGUCAAUUAUCGCUCAGCUCAUUCGUGGGGUGGCCUUCCUGCAUAGUAACGACAUUGUACACGGCUACGGCGACCUUCAUCUGGGUAACAUCCUAGUCCAGUUUCCUGAAUCCAUUGAUCGUUAUUCCACGUCAGAACUAUACGAGAAAUUUGGAGAGCCAGAAUUAGAGGCCGUUAUUUGUCUGGAUGGCAUGCCAUUAUCUAAUGGAAUACCUGUACAUGUAUUUAUUCCGGGCUGGUCUGGCGUUCGCAGCGAUGAUAUUGCUCUUGGAAAGGAAAGGACCGUCCUUAGCGACUUUGGGGAAUCUUUUAACCCUUAUAAAAUUGCUAGGUCUUCUUCAAAGACUCUUCCUCUCAUUCAACCACCCGAGGCCCGAUUCUCUGGUGUACCUCUCUCCUUUGCCUGGGACAUUUGGACACUUGCCUGCACUAUUUGGGAGAUUUUUGGCCACCGACCUUUGUUUGACGCUUUCUGGGCAACCGCUGAUCGUGUCACCGCGGAGCAAGUCGAAGCUCUUAGAAUCUUACCUGCCGAGUGGUGGAAGAAUUGGCAUAAAAGGCUCGAAUGUUUUAAUGAAGAGGAAGAACUUGAUGGAAUAUCUAGGGGCCAUGGUAGCGUGCGCAGGACCUGGGACAUGAGGUUUGACUAUAGCAUACAGAAGCUUCGGGCCGAGGCGAGCCUGGAGAUCGAGACGGAGAGUGAGAGGAGGGCAUUUGAGGCGAUGCCUCGCCCAAUGCUGACCUUCCGGCCUGGGGAAAGAGCGACUGCACAAUAG